UUCUAUUUUCAUUCAUUUAUGUCUUUUGUAAGGUACGGAUUCAACCGUUUUUGUUGGAGAAAUUUUUUUCCCCACACAUAUACCGCUGCUUUAUGUUGCUUGCUAUUAUUUUCUUUAAGUACAUGUUUGGAUGUUUAAGAAACCUUUGUGAAAAAUCCAACCUUUCAUGUGCUUAAAAUUGUUCAUGUUUGUUUGUUCCAAACACGCCUAUUUUAAAAUUAAAUAACAGCUGAAGAAGUAUUGGUUUUCAAAGGAAUAAAGCCUCAUUAUGUGCAGCGAACGCAGCAAUGAAUCAGAAGAGCCAGGUAAAAUGAAGAACUUGCUGUUAACUCUUACAACAUGUCCACCCAUUCCACCUCUGUCCACGGCAUUUGCCUUGCUUCUUCUAGCUGGAUUCAUAUAUGGAACUCUAGUUGGUCUUGUGGGAAAGGAUGCACUAAUAGGAGGACCUGUUUUUGGACUUUAUAUUCUAUUAAUCAUCUGUUACCUCGGAGGCCAGUUGGUGAGGCUUUUGAAAAUUCCAACACUUGUUGGCAUGAUGGUUUUGGGAUUUAUUUUACGCAAUGUUCCACACAUAAACGUUGCAGAAGACAUACCUGAAUCAUGGGCAGCAAAUAUAAGAAAUAUUGCUCUCAUCUUCAUUCUCUUGCGAGCUGGUCUGGAAGUUGACUCGAAUAUUAUAAAGAAUAACAAAAGCACAUGUUUCAAAAUCAUUUUCAUUCCAUUCGUCUUUGAAUUCGUCAUGGCAUCUGUUGCAGGUCACUAUUUAUUCAAUAUGCCCUGGCUUUGGAGUUUCCUUUUGGGGUCGAUGUUGUCUGCUGUAUCUCCGGCUGUUGUUUUGCCAGUUAUGCUCAAAAUGAUGAGAAAAGGAUAUGGUAUGGCAACUGGUAUUCCAACUAUGGUCAUUGCCGUAGCUGGCAUUGAUGAUGUCUUGGCACUCACAGCUUUUGAAGUAUUAUUAGGAGUAACAUUUGCUACAGGAGCUUUAGUAUGGACAGUGGCUCAAGGUCCAGUCGAAAUGUUAAUUGGCAUUGCUUACGGCAUAAUUGUGGGAAUGAUACUGUGGAUUAUUCCGAAUUCAGAAGAGAACAGCAAAUCAAUUUUCCGCUUCUUGCUACUUACCCUAGCAUCAACAUGCAUUUUCUUCGGAAGUCAAAAACUGAAAGCUGGAGCUGCUGGUGCCUUAGGAUGUAUUUGCUUGCCAUUUACAGCCGCCAUAUGUUGGAAACGUAAAGACUGGGAUGAUCAUGAUAAUCCAGUUGGACGAGCUUUAACAUUUAUUUGGAGAAUUAUCGAGCCUUUGCUUUUUGGUUUAAUUGGAUCUGAAAUAAGAAUUGAUUACUUGGAAGCACAAACUGUUGGCCGUGCUUUAGCAAUAUUGUUUGCCGGAUUGGGAUCUAGAAUGAUCGGCUCCAUGAUUGCUGCUUACAAUGCUGGUCUUUCUUUUAAAGAACAAAUCUUUAUUACAGUAGCUGGUAUCCCAAAAGCUACAGUUCAGGCUGCUAUUGGACCAACUCCUUUGGCAAUGACUAAAAAAUAUCAUUUGGGUACUGAUAUAGAACAGUAUGGAAUUGAGAUACUAACGAUUGCAGUUCUUGCCAUUCUCAUCACUGCACCCAUUGGAGCUAUAGCCAUAUCCUUUUUAGCUCCGAAUUUAUUAAAAGUGGAUUCAUCCAACAAACUGAACGAGAAAAUAAACCAAGAGAGCACAAGCAAUACGAGAUACGGUGCCGUCCAGUCAGCAAAUAUUUCCGAAAAUGAUAAGCUUUCUAUCAAUAACGGAGAAUUAUGUAAUGAGGCCCAUUUAUAACAUUUCUUAAAUGGCAAAUAUGAGUGAGUUUUUGUUGUUAUUCUACAUAAUGAAACUGAAACCUCCAAUAAGAAGACUAAUCUCUUGGUCUUCUUAGUCUAUAAGAGUGCAAUUUUCCUUUGAUGGAUAAGCUCAAUCUUAAGCUUAAGUUGAAUGAAUUGAAAAUUUCAGUGAUAAAUAUGGAUGACUCAUUGAGGAUCAAGAACUAAGUAACGUGUCUUAGAUAAUUUUUUCUUUUUCUUUUAGUUUUUAUAAAUGUUUAUUGUUUGUUUGAAAUUUUUUAAAUAAAUUUACCAUUUUGUAAUGUUUUACGUAUAACUAUUGUAUAUACAUGUAAUAAUAACUUCAUAUGUAA